AUUAACUAAGAGACUAACUCUGCACAUACACUAUCUUAUCUGUCUGCCAAUGAGGGUCCACUGAACCUAAUGUCACCAGAUCAGACCACAGUCAGUACAUUUGGAUGUAAACAGAGCAGUAUAUAACCCGCUUGGCUCCCUUAUUUUCUGCAGUCCUUGCUCUUCAGUCACGAUGCGUCCGGUUCUUGUCUUCCUUCUGGCAUGUGCAGUGUCUCUUAGCAGCUCUGCAGUCAUCCUAGAAAAUGGCCAGCCCAUACAGUGGGCCCAUACAACCGACAAAAUGACUGACAUGCCGGUAAACAACGGCAUCGUGAACCCCGACCCCUGGCACUACCUUUACCGUAUGAGUUUUUACCGGCUGUUGAUUGCUGCAACAGACCCCUUUAUGGGAUCCAUGGGGACAAAUGCAACUGACAGUCCAAUCUGGGGACUGCCACUGCAGCUUGGAUGGAUGCUAACCUCAGGGCGUCUCGCUGACCCAACCGGUGCAACAACUUGCGGCCUGCAAACAGGAGAUACUAUGUGUAUUUCUCAUCACAGCUGGUGGGGCUGUCAGAACUACUUUGUCUCUGUACUUCCCUUCCUGUCUGCAGCACAGCAGGGUUUGCUGGGAGCAGUUCAGAUCCAGAUGCAGGCACCCGCAGGUGUAAUGGACUAUUGCACCACAUAUGCUGAAUGUGCAGCUAGCUACCCUGACGCCAUGGCUAAGUGGGAUGCCUUUUACCAGGGUCUGAAGGCUGCAGGGGCUUCUCCUCUUGCCGAAAACGAGAAGAAAGACGCUCUUCUUGGUCUCUUUUGGGCAGCGCAAAUGGCUUCAACUUAUGCCUCUGCUGCAUGCAAGGCCAAGCAGAGCUCCUACUCCUCUGUAGAGGUGGCGUUUUUAAACAGCUGGCUGAACUCUGCUGAGUAUGUUUCUGCUGCACAUUUCCAAUCCAAUUUGCAAAAAUCUGCAAUGUUCAUAACCCCUCUCCCAGGUCGUAUUUUAAAGGAUGGCGACAGUGCACCUAACAUAGCCGAUUUGAGCACAGAGGAGAACCACACACUGUCUAUCUUCUCCUGGAUGAACAUGGUCAACAAUAUGCUGGGUGGGUCACUGGUGAGGAUGUGGAAUAGUGCCAUGUGUUCAGUACAAACAAGAGAGAAAGGCAGGGAGAUGCUGGAGCAGCUCCUACUGAAUCCCGGCUACGCAACAGGCACUUUCCUGUCUAUCGUCACUGGAAUGUCUACAGGCUGCUGAGACACACACACACACACACACACACACACACACACACACACACACACACGAACAGAGACCUAUAGCAACUCGAAUUACACUUGCAAACAGAAAGACAUUACUGAUAUUUCAUAGCCAUGCAUCAGAUCUCCAACUGCAGGUCAAAAAUGGUAAUGAAGCCUCGAUCUGUCCAACAUGGGCUUGAUGCUGCUGCAUGCUGAGCUAAAGAGGGUUUCUGGAGAAAUUGCAUGAUUUCCUCUGAUUUAAUCAGAAUCAGAUGAAACUGCAACUAUGGCACCGUGACAGGAAUUAAGAAUAUCUAUAUAGAAAUAGCCUAUAUUCUCACUGAUGACAUUGUUCACUUAUGCAGGUCAUAUACAAGCGUCAGUGCCAAAUUCAGAGUGCUUGAUAAGCACUUACAGGUUCGUUAUAGUUGCUUUAGAACAGGUAAACCUCUGUAUGUCUUUGUUCUUAUCACCUACAUGUGAUUGUUUGU